AUGACACCAGCUAACAUCCGUCCAAUCCUUCUAGUCUCCUGGUUUAUCACAAUUGGGUUCACUGCUGUUCAGGCUUCAGUUUCGCUUGAAAGAACGGUUGAAAACUGGUCCCAGCAAUUAUAUCAAUCUUUCAACUCAAUGCGAGAAAUUAUGGGAACAGAACAGCUUAGCAAAAUGUACAGCGGACCCUUGUUUGGAGUUCAGGAAAUGACGGAUAGCUAUGCGAGGAAGUUGAUUGAUGACGCAGUUUCAGAGCUAACUCAAAUGAUCAGGAAAAAAGAGAGGGCACUUGAGAAAUUGAAGAAUAGUAUUGAGGAGGAAUUUAAACUGCAAGAAUCUUUGGAUCAUGAUGAGUGCUACAUUCGAGCCAAGUCAGUGAGCCUAUUUCCUCAUCCACCUGAUGAAAAUGGAACCGUAAUUACCCCAUGCAACGAAUCACAAUUUCUUCCACUUGAAUCCGAUCCGAUGUUUGGCAACUUUUACAUCAGCAGGAACAUGUCUGCAGCUCAUGUUCCAACAAAUGUAUAUGAUCUCUCUAAAGAGAUUCGAACAGUUGGAAACUGGACGCAUCAUCUUGACGAUGUAUUCAAGAAGAAUCUCAAGGAAGAUCCCCUACUAAAAUGGCAGUAUUUUUGCAGUUCCACCGGAUUUCUCAAGUUCUAUCCUGGAGCAAUGUGGGAAGUACAAUUGGCAGACCUCCAAUUGGAUUUCUUUGAUUGUCGUUCAACUGCUUGGUACGUUGGUGCAGCCUCUUACCCAAUUGAAAUGGUUAUUCUCGCUGACAAGAGUGGAAGUAUGAAGGGCCGACGUAAUACAAUCUGCAAUGCCACAAUCUCAGAACUCCUAAACACUCUGACUGAUGAUGACUUUUUCAAUGUCAUCUAUUUUUCAGAAACCAUAAAAUUCGCUGAAGAAUAUAUAAAGGAUCGCCUGAUUCAAGCUACUCGACCAAACAAGGAUAGAAUAGUACGAGGAUUCAUUGACCAUAUGCCGAAUGGAACCUCCAAUUUCCGUGCUGCUCUAAAGGAAGCAUUUACGCUACUUAAUGUUUCAGCUAAUGGAACUAAAAUUAAUCGCUGUAACAAGAUGAUUAUUUUGAUAACUGAUGGCGUACCCGAUGAUUAUGCCGAUUUGUUCGAAAAAUAUAAUCCUGAGAAAAACGUUCGUGUUUUCACAUUUCUUCUUGGUCAGCAAUCAUCUGACGAGAGCAUAACUCAUAGAAUUGCUUGUAGGAAUCGUGGAAUGGACGCCAACAUAGCUAAUUUGGCUGACGUUAAAGAAAAUGUUUUAAAAUAUAUAGACAUUUUGGCCAGAUCGAAUGCUAUUUUGGAUGAUUCCUUUGUCCGUUGGAGUGGUGUAACCAAACAGCAGCUCAAUCUGAUGAAACUCACACCUGAAAACUUUACCCGGCCACCCGAACCCGCCCCUAAUAUGACAAUGGUGGAGAAUGCUACAUUGAUUGAGGACGUUAUGCAGGACGAUGAGUUUGAAUCAGGCAGUUCCUAUACGCUACCUGAGAAACUCUUUAAGACAAAAGAGAAUCAGUUCUUUAUAACGUUAUCGAGGGCAGCUUACAACAAAACUAAUGCAAGCAUUGAAUAUAAUAAAGGAAUCUUGCUAGGAGUCACUGGUCUGGACAUUCCGAUGGAGGAAUUUCAAGAUGCACUUAGGAGCUGGAAGCAUGGAACACAAUUAAAACGAUAUUAUCGUCAUGUGGAUUUGGAUGAGGUAGAACAGCCGAUCGAUUUUACACUCAACCCACAUACCGCUCUUCCAAAUUACAACUCUUCGCUUAGGAGACUAAUGAUUGAUCGAUCUACCGCUUCGACCAUUUUCACAAGCAUCGAAACGCCCGAGGAUUUCCUUUCUGGUCUACCAAUAACAAAGAAAGUUUUCACUGCACCUCUUCCUGACACGCCAUUCGUGUUUGGUCUUGCCGUGAGAUGGGUUAAUGGAGUCAACCGUGGGUUUCCUGUGCCCAAAUACGAUACCACCACAUUUUGGCGCCACGGCAAUGUUCGAGCUGCUGAAACUAGAGUUCUCAAUCCCCAAUUCAAAAAUCCUGCCGAAUCCUGUGAUCGUGAUGAUAGUCUUUAUUAUGGAUCAAUGUUAACCGCGAUACCAUUUUGCAAAUUCCAACGGCAGCAGCUGACAGUAUUCUUGGAUGAUCCUCUCUGUGCCUUAAGAAAUGCUGUCACAGAUAAAAUGGUUCGAGAGGAAAAUGAUUGUGAUUGGGAUCAUGUUGGAAGAAUUUUCAUGGAUGCCAGAGCGACAGCCAAUAUUUACGAUUACUGGAGAAAAAUGACAAAUCAUCAAGCUAUCAGAAAGUUCGUUUUUGUUCUUAUAUCGAAUACUUUGCUUGUAGAUUUGAUAUCGAGCAAGUUUUCAGCGUACAUCAAUCGGGCUUCCUUCGAUAUUAUAACUACUCUGAAGCUGUCUUUGAGCAAAACAUUUUUGGAUGAAAUUAAUGAAGGCGCCGAGGGGCCAAUCUACAAAUCUACAGUACUUCAGACAACAUUCUAUGAAAAUAUGAAAAUGCUGGUGUUUAGACCACCACAAAAACAGGUUUACAGAACUUACAUGGAAAACAACCUAACUGUUCCGUUGAUUGUUACGGGAGUAAUAAGCAAUCCUUCUUCGGAAGCAGUUGUUAUGGGAAUAGCGGGAAUCCAAUUGAAUUAUCAGAAGUUCAUGGACCUAUUCGACUCGAUUGCCAAUGGAUGUGAAUCAAUUGAUUGCAUCAAGUGUAAUGAUACUGGAAUGCAGUGUUUCGUGACCACCACUGCAGGCCAGAUUAUCCUCUCAACUCACGGUGAAAAAGCGGUCAGUCAAAAUGUUAAAGAGCUGGAUUGCGCUUUAAUGGAAGCACUUAUUGCUGAAAAUAUAAUGACAGAGCAUGAAAUUUACGAUUUUCAAGCCAUCUGCAUUGAAGCAGUUACGCCUGAUCUUAACUUUGCCUCAAGGUUAUUUUCUCCUGUUGCGUUUCUACUCAAACUUGCGGGCAAAAUCAUUUAUGAAUUUAUGAUGCUCUUAACUUCCUGGUGGCUACUUGGUCCUGAACCUGCUGUGCAUGGGAUGUGGGAGGCUCUGCCUUCAGUUCAGAGCGAGUUUACAAAUUUCAAUGAUUUCAAGUCGCAAUCGGACAAUUCGCCCUAUGGCGUCAAAGAUGGGAGCGAACAAUUUAGCUAUCCACAGUAUGGUGAUAUCGAUUACCCUCUUCCGUCUAAAACUAGCGGUUUAGGAAACAAUCGUGAUUACGAAAUUUUAAAACCAUUUGAACCUCCACAAGUAUCCUCAUUCACUGAUCCUCCUCCUCUUCCUUCGCCAAUUGCUGAAUCGCCUCAAAAAUUUGAAUCAAGAGAAAGCGCAGGUGGUGAAGAGAAUGGAGGAAGCCCAGAACUUCCAUUCUUCUAUGAAACUGCUCAAUUCUAUUCCCAAAAGAAUUAUGUAUUUGAGGACCCUGAAGAUCCCUGGCUUAUUCAGCAGCAAGCUUUUGCCGAGCUCAAGACAUGUUAUGUGAAUGAACCUAAUUUAAAUCCGCCGCCAUCAGCAACCACACCGCUUCCAUCAGUUUAUCUGAACACUUCCACCAAUGAGACGCUUGAUGUUAUUGACUUAACGGACGCGAUAAGCCCAUCUGGAGAACUCAUCCAAAUAUACUCCAAUAAUGUAACACUUGUAAAUGCAACUGGAGUUAAUGCUACGAAGGCUUCCACGUCUCGCAAAGUGAAUACCAUCCCUGGAACCCUACUGAGAUGUGUUCAGCGAAUAGUACAGAUGAGAUGUCACGCUGCUGUACAUAGUAAUAAUCAGAUUGGUCGUCAGGCAUGUGAAGUGAUGUGCGAUGCUGUAAGACAGCGAAUGCCCCAGUUGACGGAAUUCUUGCACGACUGUACGCAGCCCCUGGAUGCAUGCACUCAGAGGCAUAGUAUUUUCUACUUAAAUAAAGAGGCCCAUGCGAAAAGUGUUCAACAAGGAACAUACGGUGGAGGGCCUAAGCCAAAAAUGCACACUGGAACUUACUGUCCUAAAUGUGGAAAUAUUGAUUAUGCAGUUGCUUCAAUACCAAAUACCAAUCUCCUACUCAUUGUAACUUCUAAACCACCUGGAAAACCGUCAAUCAACUGCAUUUGUGAAUGCAAAAGGCGAUAUCGAUAUGGAACACAGCUAAAAGAUAUCCUCUUAAAAAUUGUUAUUUGUUUUUUUUUUUACAUCAAUAGCUACUCGGUACCGAGAGCUCAAACCUACCGACGAGAUCCAGUGACUCCAAAAACUUGUGAAAUGGUUUCUUACAAGCGUGACUUAGUCGUAAUGAAGAUCCGUAUGCUUUCUCGUAAUCCAGCCGAUUACCAGAGGCAAACUAAGGACGAUAUUUUUAAAAUGCCCCGUAACGUGUCUAGCACAGAGCAUCCUUUCGCUGCCGAGAGGGAGUAUAUCAGAGCACUAAAUGCCGCCAAACUUUCUCGAAUGAUGGCAAAACCAUUUAUAGGUUGUCUUGCUGGCACAACGGAUACCAUGACUGUCAUUUCACUUAAUACUGAAAAAGUCGGCCUUGCUGUUUUUGGUACUUUUGAUGGAAACAUUCAAUAUUGGGAUAUCGCUAGUAGAAAAUUAAAGUACGAAAAGGAGGCUCAUUCUGGGGAAGUACGAGGAGUUUGUCAAUAUGAUAAGUCGAAGCUUAUGUAUACCUGUGGUGUUGAUUCUCAACUUAAGCAAUGGCGUAUGGACCAUGACCAUGUUGUCGAAGGUUGGAAUCAACCUUUGAACACAGUUCUUCUAGAGCAAACGCCAAUGUGCUUAGAUCACCAUCCUAAGAUGGAUGCGUUUAUCGUCGGUACUCCUCAGUCCUGCCUUCUCUAUCACUCUUCUCGAAUGGAUGUUCCAGUUCGGGAGUGGACUUGGGGUCACGAAUCAAUUCAUCAUGCCGCCUUUAACCCUGUUGAACAUAAUCUUGUUGGCAUUCUGACCAAAGAUAAUUCUAUUAUUUUGGCUGACACAAGAGAAGAUACUCCUCUAAGAAAGUUAAAGAUGAAUCUUAAAUUAAAUGCACUCUCCUGGAAUCCUAUGGAACCAUAUGUCUUCACUGCUGCCUGCGAAGAUUACAACCUAUACACCUAUGAUGUUCGUUUCUUCAAGCAUCCGAAAAGAGUGUAUAUGGGUCAUACAAAUGCCGCAAUGUCUGUGGAUUAUUCGCCUUCUGGUCGAGAACUUGUCUCAGGAAGCUAUGAUAGCACUAUUCGUAUCUGGAGUGUGGAUCAGACUUCAUCAAUAGACGUCUACCAUACAAAGCGGAUGAAGCGUGUAUUACAAGUGAAGUUCACUCUCGACGCUCAGUUCAUUCUUUCCUCCUCAACUGAUCAGAAUACGCGUUUGUGGAGAGCUCACGCCUCAGAGAAGUUUGGUCCAGUGAAACCACGAGAGCGUGAAGCCCUGGCCACUGCGGAGGCCCUUAGAAACAAAUACUCCGAGCACCCAGAAGUUCGUAGAAUUCUCAAACACAGACAGGUGCCUCGCUCCGUUCUUGCUGCCACCAAGGAGAACCGAAUAAUUCGGGCCAAGCAGAAGAGGAAGUUGCGCAAUAUUCGAGUCUUCAAUCGCACAGACGAGCCUGUGUUACCGGAGAAGGAGCAGCAUACUGCUGCUCUGUACAAGUAA